AUGAAGGUAAAACAAAUUGAUACGUAUAUUACUUCUACUAGGGACCUUUUGAAGGCAAACCCAUCUGGCACGACGAUAUCAAUAACCUACACUCAUAGUAAAAUUAAUAAGGACAAACCGAAAACCAUAAUAAAAUUCAAAACAAAUGAUCCAAGAUGUGGUAUAUGUUACUCAUACAAAACACAUAAAAUCAAGGAAUUUUCCAAGUUGUUCAAUGCGUUAGGUCCAAAUGGCUGUAAUGUUCAGGGUGAAGAGCAAGAGGGCUUAAGUUUAAUUUUAUCAAAUGUUGAUAAAAAAGAUGUUAUAGAGGAGACCACUACGCAGCUACAAGAAAGUACAACCGAGCCUGCACCAGCCAAGGUACCUGAAACAACCCAAAGAAAGAAAAACAGGAAAAAGAAAGGUAAGAAAUGA